GGGUACUUAUUGUGGGGAGUAAAGCCACAUGUGUAGUCAAAAGACUCUCUUUCCCAGACGUCUGUCAUUUUUACUGGUGUCUGUUGUUCAGCACAGCCGGACGCCAUGCCCACUGACGCCCAAAGCGAUGCCCGCUCCUUCCUGACUGAGGAGAUGAUUGCAGAGUUCAAAGCCGCCUUCGACAUGUUCGACACCGACGGUGGCGGUGACAUCAGCACCAAGGAGUUGGGUCAGGUGAUGAGGAUGCUGGGCCAGAACCCAUCGAGGGAGGAGUUGGAUGCCAUCAUUGAGGAGGUUGAUGAGGAUGGCAGCGGAACCAUCGACUUUGAGGAGUUCUUGGUCAUGAUGGUGCAACAGUUAAAGGAGGACUCGGCCGGAAGGAGUGAAGAAGAGCUUUCAGAAUGCUUCCGCAUUUUUGACAAGAACGGAGAUGGUUUCAUCGACCGGGAGGAGUUUGGAGAAAUCCUCCAUCUCACUGGAGAACCAGUGGUAGAGGAAGAUAUUGAUGAGAUGUUCGGUGAAGCAGACAACAACAAAGAUGGAAGGAUUGAUUUUGAUGAGUUUCUGAAGAUGAUGGAGAACGUCCAGUAAUGAGGCCGGCUCUACAUUCCUUGGUGACCCUUCCUCAGAGAGAAAACAAAGCAUGCUAUCGGAUGGAAAUGUGCUUCAGAGCAAACUCGAAAUGCUAUAAACCCUGUGCAGUUAUGAACGUGAGGUUGUUCCUGAGACGUCUAAAUGGAUACAAGUGAAAUACCUCCACCCCCGCCUUUAUUCUCCUUCUCAUAUGAAACCCAGGGGCUCG